UCCGGCGGGGCGGGGCGCUCAGCGCCAUGGGGCGGCGGCGGCUGUUGGCUUCGGCGGAGCAGCUGGUGGAGACGUGCCCGGGAGAGGCGCGAUUCCUGCUGUGGACGCUCCGCAGCUCCCGAGGUAAUGAACGUGGAUUAGAAAGGAUAUGUCCUUACUGCUUCCAGUUCCUGGUUCCUGACAGCUACCGAGUGCGCCUCAAACCAAAGAUGAAAGUGACUCCACAGAUAGAGAAGGUCCUUAGACGAGAGGCAAAGAAUCAUACGCUUAACAUGAAACAGACAAAGCUUUUGAGAAAGUACAGGGAGUCAAAAAGCAUUCUGCUGGUUACUUGCACAUCUUGCAACAAAACAACAAGAUACUAUGGUAAAAGCAGGGAUUUUCUGGCAGCCAAAACACAAAAUUGUGGCACUCCAGGUAUCAAAUCUAGCCUGAAGACACCAGAUGUAAAAAUUCAGUCUGCAAAGAAAAUGACACCUGUAAGCAGCAGUAGGUUGGGAUCUAAGGGGAACAGUCCCUCAUCACUUUCCAGGACACGUGAAUCUGGACAGACAACAACCAACUCUGCUUCCAAGACUCCCCGAAAUUCCAAAUUUCACUUUUCUAAGCUAAAACAGAUGCUUGACCUAGAAGAAAAAGAGAAAAAUGAGAAGGCAGAUUUCAAAACCUUCUUGACUUUACUUUAGUUACAUUUUAUGUCAAAGUAAUAAAGAUUACAGCAAUAAAUAUUGCUCCAGUUUUAGUAAAUCAACAAAGUGAUUUCUUUAAAACUCAAGCUAACAUCCUGUACCUUGUGGAAGCAUAGCUCAUGUUUUUUAGAAGGAAGGUCUGUUUCUAAAGGGAGUGAUGGUCUGCCAGCGGGAGAAGUAAAGAUAGCCAGUUUAAUAUGCUUGGGAAUCUUGGACAUGUUUUGCAGUUUCUGAUGCCCCAAGAAUUAAAAGCCAGGAUUUAUCCUUUGAGGAAGCUGAUGAUGGCCCCAUCAGGACCAUUAAAGAUUAUCAAUUUUGUGUUUGGCACAGAGAUGAGAGAGGAAAUAUAAAGUAACGGUUCAAGACUGAGGUUUUAGCCCGUCCUGCGUAUUUCUGCAGUGAAAGUUCUGCACGUGGUGCUUCACAUUCCCCCCUGAAAAACAGAGCCAGUUAGUUAAAAGCAUUUACUUCCUUGGAUGUAAAGGUCUGUAUUUUCAUUUUCUUUUGCUGGUUUAAUGAAUAGCUUACUUUAAGUGCCUUCAAACUCAGUGAAUACUACUUCAGAAAUAGGACCAGCAAAUAACUUGGUGGACUGGGAAGCAGUCCAGGGCAGGGGAGAAGAGUUUGUUGUAAACUGUACUUAAGAGUCUCAAAUUGGCAUCUAACCUUUUUAUAUCUCCUGUACACAUGCACAAUAACUGAAGGACACACUGCUCAUUGUCUCUUGUGUACAUGUAGGAUAAAAUGAACUGCCACUCUUUAAUCAAAAUACAAACCUUGGAGCCUUUUCCAGUGUAGAACUUGGCAUUGAUUGACAUGUUGCUGUACUUACAAUCCAGUCCUCUAGAAGAAAUACUUAGUUUUGUUGAUGGAAAAUGUUCAUUACACAGAAGUAUUUGAAAAUACCAAUUUUGCAAUAAAUUUAUUAAAAGUA